AUGGUGACAUUAGAAGUCCUUAAAGGGCUUGCUUACCUGCACAAUAAAGAGUUGACCCUGCAUGGCGAUUUAAAAUCAUUGAACAUAUUGAUUAAAAACGAUUUCGAGCGGGUUCAAAUUUGCGGUUUCGACGCCAGUCGAAUUUUAAUGCCGAACGGAUUCCUUGAUCUCGUAACAAACCCCAUUGCAAUGUAUGGAGGUACCGCAUUAUGGUCCGCCCCGGAGGUGUUUUUUCAAGAUUCGAGACUGAUCAGCGUCAAGACAGACAUAUUUGCUCUUGGAUUGGUCAUCUAUGAGAUGUUAGUGUUGGUGCCGCCCCAUACAUUUCCGGGCAUGAUAGACGAAUGCGUUUCAGCAAGCACAAUGUACUCAGCCAAACGGAACAUCGUGUUCCCAUCCAGCAGUCAGCUCAAUAGAGAGGAUGUCAUUAUACAAGAUUUUGGCGAAGCAGAACGUAUGGAAGUGUUUUACGACAUGGGUAUUCCAACGAAUCUGAACCAGGAUGAAAAAGAACUGCCUCUACAUAUGGUAGUAGCGAGAAAGAGAGCCGCGCCGCGAGUUGAUCCGGAUAUAGUAACCAUUGACAGCUCGGACGAUGAUGUGAAAGUAUACAACCAAGGAGAGGUACUUAACAUCAUUUCCGAUGAUGAUGAAGACGAGAUCUUUUCAUAUUCAGAUUCGGAAUCUGACGAAGAUUGCGACGAUGAAGAACAUUGGGAAUCUAGCUCGCUAAGCGGUGAAGAUGUGGUAGACACUGACGAAAUGAUGGAGAGUGACGAAGAGGAUGAGGAAGACGGGCCAUACCUGAAUUACGGUUGUCUCGGUACACGUCCACCUAUUCCGUCAGAAAUUACUUUAGGCGAAGAAUACGCAACCAUGCUGGAGUUAUUCUUCGUCUGCACAAAUUCCAACAAAGAUGAGAGACCAUCGGCCUUAACCCUGCUCUUCGGGCUCAAAAAUUAUGUUCCAAAACGUGAUCCAAAUCUGACGGGGAUGAAUCCCUAA